UUUCUCGAAUGGAAAAAGGUCAAAUUGUAAGUGGGAGGGUCUGAGUCUGAGGUAAAGGAACAGAAAAAGUAAAUGAGUUAGUAGCAGUAAAAGCUCCAACCGUACAAUCUUCUCAGACAGGCAUUGGCUUCAGACACCAACGCUUAAAUAGUUUCAUAUACAAUAAUACCAAUAAUAACUAUUUCCUCUUUUGUCUUUAGGACCUUUUCUUUCUCUCUCCUUUAGUUUAUGGAUUUCCGUAAAGAUGUCAGAGACAAGGGCUGCCAGAGAGGCAGCUUAGUCGCAGAAGCAGUAGCAACAGAGAGGUGCAGUCAUAAUAGGAGCUGAGAGAGAGAAAGAGAAAAAAAAAGAAGAAAAAAGUGUUUGUGUGUGUGUGUGCGCAUUUGUGCAUUGGCAUGCAGCUAUGUAAUCAGAACCAUUAGUUUAUUACUGUAACACAAUGGUUCCUGAAAUAAAUAUACCUACUCUACACCAAGGGGCAAAUGUAACAAACAACAAGCAAUAACCCCAUAAACACUCUCCUCUCCUCACAUUUCUCCCCAACCUGAGAGCCCUGAACCUGAAACUGUCCUCUCUUUAACUACACUGUGAGGUCUCAGUAGCUUCUGUUUCAUUUGUUACUAUCACUCUUCACCCUUUGUGCUCUUUGAUUCCUUUUUACUCUUUUCAUUUUUCCUGUUCUUUCCCAUUCCCUCUGCUUGAUCAUGAAUGGAAGGAACAGGUUCCCCUUCACUCCUUCCCAGUGGCAAGAGCUCGAACACCAAGCCCUCAUCUACAAAUACAUGGCUUCAGGUAUCUCCAUCCCCCCUGACCUUCUCUUCACCAUCAAAAGAACCCACUUGGACUCUCCUCUCUCCUCCAGGCUCCUCCCUCACCACUCUCAACACUUUGGGUGGAACUAUUUGCCGAUGGGAUUGGGGAGGAAAAUAGACCCUGAGCCAGGUAGAUGCAGGAGAACAGAUGGAAAGAAAUGGAGGUGCUCAAAGGAGGCUUAUCCAGAUUCAAAGUACUGCGAGAGGCACAUGCACAGAGGGAAAAACCGUUCAAGAAAGCCUGUGGAAGUUUUGAAAACAUCACCAACGACAGCAACAACGAUCACAGAUGCCUCAACCCCCACAAUCUUAUCAAUCACCAAAAACAGUCCUGCACUCUCUCCAACCACUCAUUCUCUCUCUCAUGACACUUACCAUCACCACCACCCUCAACAUUCCCCCCACUCCUUCCUCUAUCAUCAUCCUUCAAGACCCUCUUCCGGUGUUGCUUUGUCAUUUCAAGACAACAGUGCCCCCUUGUUUCUCGACACUGCUUCUUGCUCUCAGAAUAACAACACUGACUGCAGGAACAGGUAUGUGUAUGGACUGAAAGAGGAGGUGGAUGAGCAUGCCUUCUUCACGGAACCUUCUGGAACAAUGAGAAGCUUCUCUGCUUCCUCGAUGGAAGAUUCAUGGCAACUCACACCACUGACCAUAAGCUCUUCUUCCUCAUCGAAACAGAGGAGUUGCUCUGGUUUGUCCAACGACAACAACGAGUACUCCUACCUGCAACUUCAGAGCCUCAGUGGCAACAACUCAAAACAGCCCCAGCAAGAUCAGGGUUGCUACAUAUCAGGAACUGGCAGUGAUAUAAAGUGUGAAACUUUCAUGAAACUUGGGAAAGAAGAACCUCAGAGAACUGUUCAUCGGUUCUUCGAUGAAUGGCCCCCGAAGAGCAGAGGAUCAUGGCUAGAUUUGGAUGACAAAUCAUCCACCACCCAGCUCUCAAUUUCCAUUCCCACUUCUUCCCAUGAUUUUGCAACUUUCAGUUCAACAACCCAACGAGAUGGUUGAGUUAAGCUUUGAAUAGUGGGGUCCUUCAGUCCUUGUACUUGAAUCAAAGACCAAUAAUGUACUUACAUGGUGGGGUUCACAUUAUGUUGUGAUUUGUGAGGUCUCUUUAAUAUUGCUCCCCCUUUUUCUAUCUGUUUUCAAAUGUUGUUCAAGUUUAUAUGUGUUUCCAUGAAGGGAUCCAAUGUGUUUGUGUGCUAUUUGCUUUCCAUGUUGUUCUUCUUUCUUUCUUUUUGCUCUCUCAUUCUCUCAUUGACUACCCCAUUUUCUGUUAUUGUGGUUUGAGCUAACACUCAAAGACAACUCCUUUUUUUGCUUAUUCAUCAUUCUCUGCCUAAGUACAAUG